UUGACAACACCUGAACGGAGGUGAGAGCGGGGAGGGUAUAGCCUGGAGAUUUCCUAAGGAUUUGGGGACCCUGCCUUGCAGUCAAGUCUAAGCCUGUGCAAAGCAGUUCCCGAGGGAUGGGGGCCCCUCGCUAGGGCAGCGGGCUAGAGCCUUCCCCACCCACUGAUGGCUCCAUCCAGCCUCCAGCCUCAGUGAAGCGGCCAGGGUUCCACUUGGGCUUUGUACAAGUCAUAUUCUUCGAGACUGCUUGUAGGAAGACACGCAGUUUCCAUUUUCACAAAUUAAUCAACCCUAACACCAAGUAUUGCCUCGGGUCGAAUUUGGGACGGGAGUGCGUGUCAUUGCAGUGGAUACCUGGUCAGAGAUUAGUGACUUAAACCGGGAAACGCCAGAAUGGAGGUGUCAAUGCCCCUGCCUCAGAUAUAUGUAGAAAAAACCCUAGCUCUUAUCAAGCCAGAUAUUGUUGACAAAGAAGAGGAGAUACGCGACAUUAUUCUCAGAUCUGGAUUCACCAUCAUUCAGAGACGAAAACUACAUCUGAGCCCUGAGCACUGUAGUAACUUUUACGUGGAACAGUAUGGGAAACUGUUUUUCCCAAACUUAACAGCUUAUAUGAGCUCUGGACCUCUUGUUGCUAUGGUACUAGCCAGACAUAACGCCAUCUCUUACUGGAAAGAUCUUCUGGGGCCACCUGAUAGUUUGGUAGCCAAGGAGACACACCCAGACAGAGGAAAUGUCAGAAUGGAAGAACAGCAUCCUUCCCUAACUUGCUUUAGUCUAAGGGCGAUUUACGGUACGGAUGAGCUACGGAACGCCCUUCAUGGGAGCAACGACUUUGCUGCCUCGGAAAGAGAGAUUCGGUUCAUGUUCCCAGAGGUGAUUAUUGAACCCAUUCCAAUUGGACAAGCUGCUAAGGACUAUUUAAAUUUGUACGUGACGCCAACCCUACUUCAAGGCCUCACAGAACUCUGUAAGCAGAAGCCAGAAGACCCUUAUGGUUGGCUAGCUGAUUGGCUGCUGAAAAAUAAUCCCAACAAACCUAAACUGUGUCAUUUUCCAAUACCAGAGGAGCCUUAGUGUGCUGGCGGGACAAGCGGCGACUUAUCUCCCUGUGAAAAGCUUCGCACCUCCUUCCUAGUGGUUCAAGUAAUUACAUGAGUAAUAAACUAGCUUUUCUUUACAUUAAAA